AUGAAACAACAAGGCAGACCUUCCAUUAUUUCGCUCGAAGAUCUGGAUUGCCAGUCUUUUGGUGGCCUGUUUAUUCAUCUGCUCAGCGAAGCCAUCCAGUACUCUGAGAAUAAUAUUUCACAAUUCGGCAUACCAAGAGACCAUACCAACAAUGCUUCGAAAACAAGUCAAGCAAUACAACAAUGUUUUAGCCACGGUGAAGAGCUCGACUCUUUAAUAGCAUUCACUAACACAGCUUCAACCAUACCUACAAUAAUUAAGAGAUUGGGACAACAUUGUCUUGCAUAUGGUCACGAAGUAUAUACUUGGGGAGAGAAUAGUAAAGGAGAAGUUGGUGAUGGUACCAUUGAACCUCGUGUGGUACCAUUGAAAGUCUGUUCUUGGGAUUUGCAGGGUCCAAAGAUGGUAGAACAAGUGGCUGCAGCACCAUACGUUUUUUAUGCCAUUGAUCAAUUUGGUAAACUUUAUGCUUGGGGAAAAAACAACAGAGGACAAUUAGGAGAUAGAACAACCAUUGACAAGAACAAACCAAUCAACGUUUACAUGGAAGGCGCUUUACUCAACAAAGCAGUAACUCUUGUUUGCGGAGGUGAUCUUCACACAGUUGUACUGACGACCGACAAUCAAUUGUACUCAUUUGGAGACAAUCAAUAUGGACAAUUAGGUUUAGGAUACGAAUCUGCUGCAGACUAUAUCAUGGAAGCUGUACCAAUACCAAACCUGCUGAACUUGGUGAUGAAACCAUUGUUGAUUUACAAUGCGGAGAUUACCACAC